AUGGGCUUCGGAGAUAAAGCAGACCUGAAUCCUGUACCUGCAUUUGGACAAAGAAUCGAUCCGAGUUCUCGAGGUAAUGCUUUCAUUCAAGGCGAGCACAGCUCAGGUGGAGGAGGACCUACGCAUAGCGAAUCUCGCACGAGAAAUCGCGGUAACGUGGAGUACGGAUAUGAAUUUGAAGGAUUUCACAACAAUGGAAAUGCACCUUUAAGAGAAAAACGUGGUGGUUUUUACACUGAAGGAAGUUUCGGAAACGCUACUAGACGAGAUGGUGUUGAUCGUGAACAUUACCCAACACAUGAUGAUCGUUUCGAAUUCAAGGAAAAACAACGAGGCUUGGUUCCCACAAUGGAGAAUAAGAAUUUUGCUAAAGAUGGAUAUGAAUCUGCUAGAAGUGCUGUCGGUAGCAGAGAGUUUGGAUAUCGGAAAGUCGAUGCAAGUUCCGCCACGAAUACAUUUGGCGGUUUCUGCCGCCCUGGAUUUGGAGUCAACGACAAUCUUCGUCAUGACCGUCAUGACUCUUUCUAUGAUGAAAAUAAUGCCUUUAAUUUGGACCGUGGAGGUAAGGAUCGAGCUAGUUAUGGUGGUCAACGAAUCGAAUACAGUCGCACACGUCAGCAGUGCUCUCCUAUGGAAAGAGGAGGCUUUAAAAGAAGUACUUCGCCCGAGUCCUUUAGGAAAAGUGGGGACAUGUUUGGAAACGACUCACGUAAAGAGGACAGUCGUUUUGGGCAACCUCAACGUUAUGACCAAGAACAUUUUAAUGAUUGGGAUAGCAGUGGUAGAAACACGUUUGGAGGACGAUCAGAAUUCGGACGCAGUUUCAGUUCACAGAGAAAUGUACCCCAAUUUGGUGCUCCUGCCGGAAACGAGACAAGUGAGAAAAAACGCGCUCCUAAGGAUUGGGAACCCGAAGAGACUUCAAUUGGGACACUAUUUGAGCGUGAUUUUUCCAACUCUGAAUAUCUCGAUAAGGAGCAGGAUGACUGUGUAACUGUUGAUGGAGUGCAAAAUUACACACUAAUUAGUUCAUGGGAGAGCAGCGGACUCAAUCCCAAGUUAGUCAAGACAUGUAUUGAAAAGUGCAAUUAUAAACAUGUGCGGCCAAUCCAAGCGGCAACGAUACCUUUAGUGUUGGACGGGUAUGACGUGAUGGCCCACGCAGAAACUGGAGGAGGAAAAACGGCUGCUUUCGUGCUUCCUAUCCUUCAUCAAAUCCUGGCGAGCGGCGAUCGAAAGUCACUUCGUUGUGGAUCCAUUCUUGCUCUUGUUAUUGCUCCAACCCGGGAGCUUGCAAGGCAGCUGUAUGACAUGUUCAGGAAGCACGCGUUUGAAACCGAGAUUAGGUGCUGUGUUGCAUAUGGUGAAAUACCGCGAUGGAAAAAUCUCGCAGAAAUUCACAAAGGUUGCGAUGUUCUCAUAGGAACUAGUGGACGACUUAUGGAUUUUAUCGAAAAGUGCGAUGUUAACAUAUCAACACUGCGCUUCCUGGUGUUAGACGAAGCAGAUAUGCUCCUCGAAGACGGUCGACAGAAUCACAUCAGAUCAAUUUUGGACAAUCCAGCACUUCCGAAAGUCGACUCGAGACAGACACUGCUGUUCAGUGCUACAUUCCCUGAGAACGUUGAACAAUUGGCGCGAGAUAUAAUGAGGAAAAAAUACGCAAAGGUUUCGAAUGGAGCCCGUAACCGUGCGAACGCACGGGUUGUGCAAUUGUUUGAGAAAGUGAACGGGGGCUCAUGUGAGAAAAACGAAAAGCUCUUUGAAAUUCUGCAGAAACAGCGUGAUAAUCCGGAUGAAGACAAUUCUGUGAAGCGCACGUUAGUUUUUGUUGGAUCAAAGCACCAGGCAGACUUUCUUGCUCUUGUCCUCAUAAAUAGGGACAUUAAAGCAGGAAGCAUAAAUAGUAAUCGUCCACAAGACGAGCGCGAACGCCUUGUCAAACAACUGAGAGAUGGGAGUUUGCAUGUCCUCGUAGGGACCGACGUAUGUCAACGUGGUUUGGACAUUCAUGGGUUAGAUCACGUCAUCAAUUACGAUUUGCCACAUGGAUCACCGCAUGAGAUUGUUAACAAGUAUAUCCACCGCAUUGGUCGAACUGGUCGUUUGCAUGGUGGUUUUGCAACCACUUUUAUUGACUCUUCUGUCGACAGUGGUAUUGUCAAACUCCUUACUAAAGUGGCGGCAGAAACAAAUCAGAAGAUUCCCAUGUGGUUAGAGGAAAUGUCUGGGCAAAAUACCUCUGAUAACCUUAGCUUCGGCUUCAGUGGUGGGCAUGGAUGGCCAGUGAAAAGUGAAGAGGCUACAUUGACAAACAGCAAUUGCGAUGACUGCGGUGAACUCGGUUCAGCAGGCUUUAAUGUUGAGACAACAAGUGAGUAG